GUUCCGUUUCUCUUAAUUCAUGGUAUACGUCUGGUGCGUUUUAUAGUAGUGAAUUCUUGUAUUUAAUUAUAAAAAUUUAAUACAUAAAAUGACGAGCAAGGCGAAACCAGCCAAGACGAAGGAAAGCGCUCCGGAGGAGACGCCUCUGAGGAAGAGGCCUUUCAAGAGACACGGGCGUCUAUAUGCAAAGGCAAUUUUUACCGGCUACAAACGCGGUUUGCGCAAUCAACAUGAACAUACUGCCCUGCUCAAAAUCGAAGGAGCCGGAACUAAAAAGGAUUCGGAUUUCUACGUAGGAAAACGAUGCGUCUAUGUAUAUAAAGCUAAGAACAAGACACCAGUACCUGGAAAGACUACAAAAAAAACUAAGGUUAGGGCUAUCUGGGGCAAAGUGACGCGUCCUCAUGGUGCAAGUGGAUCAGUACGUGCUAAGUUUAAAAGGAAUCUGCCGGCUAAGGCUAUGGGCCAUCGCAUCAGGAUUAUGCUGUAUCCCAGUCGAAUAUAAACCUUUCUGUAUAAUAUAAAUCAAUAAAUACCAAUUUGGUAAAAUA